UUGUAAAAUGUCAACUAGUUUUACUUGCAAAGAUGUUUUCUUGUCUUUUGAAGAUCUAAAAGCAAAUAUUAAAAAAUACGAAGAUGCUAAUUUUGUGCAAUUAUGGAUGAGAGACGCCAAGACAAUUAAUGCUGCUAGAAAAAGCAUUCCAAAGAGAGCAAGUAUUAUGGCUCCACAAAUUAAAUACUCUUUUAUAAAGUACUGCUGCAUUCAUGGUGGACAAAAAUUUAAAUAUAAAGGUUUUGGAAAACGUCAAACUUCGACAUAUAAAAAAGAUUGCCCUUUCUACCUACACUUUAAGGCAUCGGAGGAUGGACAAGCAUUAAUCUUGCAAGAAUUUAACAAUACACAUAAUCACGAAGUAUCUGAAAUUUUCUAUAAACACUUACCUAAUCAAAGAAGACUACCUGAUUAUGCUAUUGCUAAAGCAGAAACCUUGUUAGGUUUGAAAGCUAACAAAAAAUUACUACAACGAGAAUUGUUAAAUGAGACUGGGAAAAUGAUAACGCUCCGAGAUUUAUCAAAUAUUGCUGCUUCUGCACACAAAAGUGACACCCGAAAUGAUUUAACAGCCUUUAUUACAACUUUAAAGGAAAAAUAUAAUUUUUUUAUGCACAGUGCCUACAACGCAUAUCCUGAGUUUUUAUGCAUGGAUGCGACAUAUAAAUUGUUAGAAAUUCGACUGCCUGUUUAUAUUCUGCUAUGCGAAGAUGGAGCUGGUGAAAGUGAAAUAGCUGCUGUAGGUUUGCUCACGCAUGAAGAUGCUGCGUCUCUUAGUUGGUUUGUUGAAAGAUUUAAGAGUUUCAAUAUUGCUUGGCCAAAGACAAAUGUCUUCAUGACAGACAAAGACUUAACAGAAAGAGAGAUUUUACGUAGUGCUUUUCCUGGGGUUUCUCUAUUACUCUGCUUAUUUCACACCAUGAGAACUUUCAAUCGUGAGAUUACAACUUCCAAACUUGGGAUAACAAGCGGUGAACGGACUUCAUCUUUAGAACUUAUACAGAAAUUGGCUUACGCUACAUCAGAAGAAGUUUAUGAUGAACUAUAUAGAUUAUUUAUUUCAUCUUCUCCAACUACUGUUGUAGAUUAUUUUAACAAGAACUGGCAUAAUAUUCGUGUUGAUUGGGUUCUUGGUUUAAAUUUUGCUAGUGGAAAUUUCAUGAACAGCACCAACAACCGCCUUGAAAAUUUCAAUGGCAAAUUAAAAGAAGUGAUUGACUGCAACAGUUCCUUAGAAAAUUUCCUGGAUAAAUUUUAUGUUGUUCUAGCAUCAAUGCGUAACGAGAGAGAUCAUAAGACUAUUUUUCAAAUGCAAAAAGUUCUGGUUGACAUGUUUGAUCCCAACUCAGCAGAGGCAGCAUAUAAGAAAGUUCUAACAUUGUAUGCAGCUCAACAUGUUUUAAAGCAAAUGAGCUUGCGUGGAGACAUUAAUUUGUUACAAAGAGAAAAUGAAUACUUUAUGGUAAAUACCACUGAAGGUCUGCAUACAGUGACUUGGAAUUUUUGUUCAUGUAUGUUUAGAAAGUCAAUGCACUUACCUUGUAGACAUAUUUUUGCUGCUCGCCAAUUCCUUAGAUUAAAUUUAUUUGAUAUUGACUUAUGUGCUGAACGCUGGACAUUAAAGUACUAUCGGCAGCAUCAACGAGCUUUUAAUAGUCCUAUAAUGGCUGAUGAGUUGAGAUCUGUAGAGUUUCAUGUAGCUCCAAAAAAAAAACUCCUUUCUCAGCAUGAGAAGUUUAAACUUGCUCUACAGGAAACAUCAUUUCUUGCUACCCUUGUUUCUGAAACCACUGGACAGACUUUUGAACAACGUCUCAGUCUUUUACAAUCUCUAAAAAAAGGUUGGACUGAUGGAAAGGUCAUGUUAGUUAAUGAACUUAUUGAUGUGGACAUUUGUUCAUCAAAAACAGAAAGUACAUUACCUAGUGCAUUAACUAUAGUUACAGAAUCUCCAAUAAAUUCAUUGGGAUGUGUAUCUGGAGUUAAUGGUGUAAACACUUCAGUAGCGCCGUUAGUAGUCAGUGAUAAAAAUGUUUUAAGCACUAAAAAAAAUGUUUCACAAUUAACUACAGAGUAUGCAAUUGAUAACGACAGCAUUUUAUUAGAGGAAGCUAUUAUUUCUGAAAAACCUCAACAUGAAGAGUUAACAUCUGUGAAGAAUUAUGCAGAGUCUCACCUGAACAGGAUUCGGGUGCCGAAACAUGUUUCUCGAUGUGGACGACCUAAAGGUUCUACUCUGACCACUAUUGGUUUGCCAAAAAAGCGACAACCUAAUUUGUAUGAAAAAAGAGUACCUUUUUUGAAAUUACAUCCAUCAAAAAGACAUGCUAUGAUGCUGGGUUGGUUUUUAAAACCAGAUGAUGUCCAUAAAGCUCUUUCUGGAGUUCUCAUUGAAAGUAAUUGUAUUGAAAAAAGAGUCAAUCAUAUCUCAUCUGCUAUUCUUGAUGAAAGUGCUGGAGGAGCUCUUUUGUCGCUACAAGGGUAUUUUACCCCAGAUGGAUGGAAAGUACUCCAUGAACUAAUUGAUACCAAAUCUCGUCAAAAAGUUUGGCCUUGUGCUGUGUGCCAAAAAAGCACUUGCUUGGGUAAUGACAUUGGGGACUCAGUAGGAUGUGAUUCAUGCCUUUUGUGGUUUCACAAAAAAUGUGUUGGUCAGAAAGAAGGAAAUCUUCUAAAAUCAAAAUACUGGUUUUGUCAUUCUUGUUAG